GUCCCCGUUGCUAGGGCCGCCCCGCGCUCGCUGAGGGACCGGAUUACUAAAGUUCCCGGGUGUCGUUCAGGACAGGAGUCUCGAAUCCCGCCGUCGGUGACUGCGCGCUCCUGCCUGUGGCCUUUCUCUGCCUGAAGUGAAAAGCUAUCCCCGGUUCCCGUCCCUCUCUCCGGAAAAAUCCCGCACCCCUUGACGCCCCGGGCAGUGCUCUGACCUGCAGCCAGAAGAGCUUCCCAGCGGGCGAAGGACAGAGGGAAAGUAGCCAGCCAUGUCGAACGCAAUGUACAAUAAGAUGUGGCAUCAGACCCAAGAAGCCCUCAAUUCUUUGCUCAAUAAAGAGUCUCAGAAGAUGAUGGAAACACAAACAAAUCAAAGCUUCAUCUUUCAAACAUUAGCUACCUUCUACAUAAAGUACGUGCAGAUCUUCCGAAACAUGGAAAAUGUCUAUGACCAGAUAGUCCAUCCGCAGAAACGAAUUCUGAUUCGGAAGAUACUGGAUGGAGUGAUGGGUCGGAUCCUGGAACUGAAGAACGAAAUGGUCGAGUUGGAGUUGUCCGAGUUUCAUUAUUUCGAUGACAUCCUGCAGGAUCUCAAGUUGGCCCCUCAACAAUUAGAUAUCCCCAUACCCAGGUAUUUUUUGAAGGAGAAGUUGGAAGUAAUAAAAGGAAGAGAGAAAAUCCUUGCUCAGAUAUUAGCGGAGUGUGGACUAGACACACCUGAUGUGAGGUACUCUGUGAAAGGUAUCCCCUUUGAUGAUGCAAUUAAAUUUAUCCAGAUUGCCGAGAGGGCGCGGCAAGGUCGUCUGAGAGCAAUAUUUAUGAAGCAGAUCUACCUUCGAGAGUACAGAGCAAAGCAAGCCAAGACAGAGAAAGUAGUAGACACAGGGGCUGCUGCCCUGUGCAUUCAGAAGGUAUGGCGAGGUUUCCAUCAAUCUAAGAAAACCGUAAGACAGAGAGAAGAGGAGAUGGUAUUCCUGGGCAUGGAUCCACCUCCGCUCUUUAAUGAAGUCAGUGCUACCAUAAUCCAGGCUGAGAAGGUGAACCAUCUGCGGAGUGAAGUGCAGAUAAGGCAUGAAGAGGACUACAGGGAGGCAAUGGUUACAAUCAAGGAUGACCUGAAGCUGAUAGAGGGUGCGGACAUCAGGGAGACCCUUCAAGACCAGAUCCGGCACUGGUUCAUCGAAUGCAGAAAUCUGACUGGCACAUUUCCUGACUACCCGAAGGUAGAAGAAGGAGGCUCAGCUCUUCUUUUUUCUCACAAGACCCCAGAACAGGUUAUUGAUGAUAUCAUUGCAAGUCAAGAAGAAGAGGAAAAAAACAAAAAGAAGAAAAAGAAGAAAAAGGAGAAGAAGCCUAAGAAAGAAAGGGAGAAGAAAGUAACAAAGGAGAAAUACGAGGAGGAAGAUGAGACGUGGAAGAUGUCACCAAGUGUUUUCCUUCAUGAGAUGGAGGAAGGAAAUAACUUAUUCAAAGACAUGUGGAUGAAUAAAGAUGAGUCUUGGAAUUUCCCUCAGGACUAUGACCCAGAACUGAUCAAAUGCGAGAAGCGGAAAGAGUUGGAGUCGGAGAUAAGGCUCCAGGUGGAUGAGUUGAUGAGACAGGAACUAAAAAACUUAAAACUAGCCGUGAACAGAGAAAAGGAACAUCCGGUCAAAGAGAGAAGUAAGAAAGGAAGACAGGGGAAAAAGGAAAACAGAAAAGGGAGAAAGGGGAACAGAGAUAAAGAUCUGACCGCUGACAGGACCAUCGAGUCUCUGUACAAGGAACUGGUGGAAGAAGGGCUGCUGAUCCAGGCUCGGAAAACCAAACUCUCCGAGUACAUUGGCGAGUACAGCUACCUGGGGACCGCCCUGCGCCGCCUGUCCAUAGAACCUAUGCCCUCCCUCCUGGACGUCCGACAGCUCGUCACGCUGUACGGAAUCCUGCCACUAGGUUCUGCAGCAGUGCACGAGAAGGCCCCAUUAGUGAAGUCACUGCUGUUGGCCGGGCCACCCGGGGUGGGAAAGAAGAUGCUGGUCCAUGCCAUCUGCACAGAGACGGGAGCCAACCUCUUCAACCUGUCCGCUGCUAACAUCGCCGGGAAAUACCCGGGCAAAAAUGGCCUCCAGAUGAUGCUGCACGUGGUCAUCAAGGUGGCCCGGCAGCUCCAGCCCUCUGUGGUGUGGAUCGAAGACACCGAGAAAACCUUCUACAGAAAGGUCCCCCUCGCCGAGAAGCUGAAUGAACCGAAACGCCUGAAAAAACAGCUCCCCAAAAUCCUAAAACUCCUGAAACCAGACGAUAGGAUUCUGAUCGUGGGGACAACACAGCGUCCUUUUGAUGCUGAACUUCAAUCAUUUUGCAAAGUUUAUCAGAAAAUUAUUUUGGUACCCAGACCAGACUAUGCUUCCAGAUACGUUUUGUGGAAACAGAUCAUUCAACAGAACGGAGGAGUCCUCACUAACGCCUUGAGUGUAAGUAGCCUAGCCAAGGUCACCGAUGGCUUCACUCAAGGACACAUUGUCGAAGUGGUCAGAAGUGUGCUUACAGAUCGGAGAAUCCGGCAGCAAGCUCAUAAACCACUCACUGCAAGCGAGUUCAUUACGGUGAUAACCAGCAUGGACCCGGUUUACAAAGAGGAAGAGGACAGCUUUAAGGAGUGGUAUGCCAAAACCCCCUUGGGUAAAAGGCGAGCCUUGGCAUUAAUGGGAAUUAGUACCAAAAAGGAAAAGACUAAAGGGAAAAAGAAGGAGAAGAAAGGGAAAAAAGAAAAAAAGAAAAAGUAAUGCCUUCCUGAGGGACCAUCCUCGAGUCUCUCUCUAGGAUGAAGAUGGCCCCAACUGUCCAGAAGGAAGACUCACCAUUCAAAGAAGCCCAAGUAGAAGACACGGAGGGACACACGGCAGCGAGCUGACCCCGCACGCUCAGAACCACUGCGUGUGCUUAGUUCCGACAUUCGUGGGUGGACACCGAGCGAGGUGUCCAUCACGGUCCUUUCUACAGCUUGGGAGUCCUCCCUGAUCCGCGUCGUCUGUGCAUAACUGAAUCUCGUUCUCGCGCAUUCCGCGAUGUUCUCGCCGUCUUCCAUCUCAUCAGUACUGAUUGUCAAGUUCAAAAUCUGGUAGAAAAUAUUCUGACUUAUCAAUUGUAAACGAUGAGUAUCUCGGAGCACUACCUUUUUGUUAAUCCAUAUACAUUGUAUAGUAUCUUGCUAAUAUUUUAAUAAAUCCAUUCUUUGUUCUAGUAAUGUAGACAGUAAUGUGGGAUAAAGAUGUUGUCCUUGAACUGACUAAGAGAUUUGGUUACUGAAGCUACAACAGAUCUGAAAAUGACCUCCUUCAACCUCCUCAUUUUGAAGGUGGAGCUAACGCCCAGGGCCGCGAGGGCUGAAGUGGAUGCCCCGAGCUAGCACUCUUUUCCAAGGACUGGAUGAAAUCCCGACAUAAAAAUGGGGCAGACUCAGGAGGGAAUGUCUGAUUGAGGAAGAAAAAAAAUGGUAAAUGAGAAAAAAGUAAAUCAUAGAAAAAGAUUCAAAAAGAUAUGUAAACAUUGUAGAAACAUUGCUAUUAUUUGAAUGUGUCCCCCCAAAGUUCGUUAACAAACUAAAUUGUAAUAAAUUUGGUUAUGCUG